UAUUAAGAAAAUUGUUACGGCGUUCUUUAAUUAAAAUAUCGGGGUUAUUCAAAUUAUGAGAGAGGGGUGAGCUAGAGGGAAAAAAAAGUUUUGUGUUAAUCAGCGCCCAGUCUGGAACUUAAGAGAAAAGCAACGAAAGACUGAAUUAUGUAGAAAAUCGAACAUUAUUCUGUUGUUGUUUCUGUCAAGUCACGUUGCGCGCGGACGAAUGUCAAUAAACAGAGAAACGCGUGUAGUUGUAAAAAGUUGAAAAAAAGUUUUUAAAAUUUGUUUUCUCUCAAUAUAAUAACGACAGGAUCGCGUAGCGAACUCAUGCGUAUUUAAACACUAAAAAAAUACACUGCGCAAAUUUUUUUGACACAAACAUUCACACGAAAUGAACGCGUUUGUGAUAGAAGCACCUUUCCACGUUCGUAAACGCGGAAUUUAAUAAACAAGCUGUUUAGUUCUGUUUAACUUUGACAUGGUUCACAAAGUUAGCAGCUCGGGAGUCACAGUCAGUGUGUUUAUUGACUAUAUAGCUAAUAUUAGGGCUGUCAGUGAUUCAUACAAAGUUGCACUGUGGGUCACUAUAGGAAGAGAAGCUGCUUGUCAAUAUCGCAAACAACCAAAAUGGUGGGAGAAGUGAAGGGGGACUAAUUAGGAGAUGCUGAGCUGAGCUCAUCUGUCCAGAAUGAUUCUGCUCCCAGAGAAAGUCCCACUGAGAUCAGGAUGUGAUUGGGCCUUGCGUCUCUGCUGUGUUGAUUUGGGCUUUUACGCGCUCUCUGUGCUGGGACGUAUCACUCGUGUCCUCCGCAUGGCUUGCUGUCGCUAGGUUGCCAUGGCAACAGUACCUCCCAACGACUGCCCCGGCACGGCAGAACACUGUCGAGUGAGGAAGAGGAGAGUCGAGGGGAAAGUGAGGAAGAACUUCUCCUGUCAGUUGUGCGAGAAGGCCUUCAACAGCUUGGAGAAGCUGAAGGUACAUUCGUACUCCCACACAGGGGAAAGGCCGUAUCGCUGCACACACACUGACUGCACCAAGGCCUUCGUCUCCAAGUAUAAACUCCUACGGCACAUGGCCACACACUCGCCAGAAAAGACACACAAGUGCAGCUACUGCGAGAAGAUGUUCCACCGUAAAGAUCACCUGAAGAACCACCUCCACACACACGACCCCAACAAGGAGGCUUUCAGCUGCACGGAAUGCGGCAAGAGCUACAACACCAAACUUGGCUUCCGAAGGCACCAAGCCCUUCACGCUGCUCACCGUGGAGACCUCACCUGCCAGGUGUGUCUGCAGUCGUACCCAAGCACUCCCCUGCUGCUGGAGCACCUACGGGGACAUGCGGGGAAAAGCGCUACUGCGACUAAGGAGAAGCGACAUCAGUGCGAACACUGCGAACGGCGCUUUUACACCCGCAAGGACGUGCGACGCCACCUGGUUGUGCAUACAGGACGCAAGGACUUCCUGUGCCAGUACUGCGCCCAGCGAUUCGGCCGCAAGGACCAUCUUACCCGCCAUGUAAAGAAAAGCCACGCUCAUGAGCUGCUGAGGGUUAAGGCGGAGCCUGUCGAUUUGAUGGAGUCACAAUCCUCGCCAGCAUCCGGGCCACUCACCCUAAGGUAUCCACUAGGUCAUGCUUCUUACUCGCCACCGCCGCCCUUGAGGGCGGAGCUCGAAAGCUAUCUCCUGGAGCUACAGGCCGAAGAUACACCCAAGCUGAGUGCUUCCGCCACGGUGACCGGAGAGACGACGUCGUCCCUGGACUUUCUGUCUCCACUGUUUAAUUUUCUGCCUUACAACCAGGGAGCGGGGCCUACUUUGGGAGUGGCUUACAGCCAGGAGGAGGGGCUACUGGCCACACCCAUCCAAGACACGCCAGAGCCUCUUAGCCUCCUUCACACAAUCUCACACUCACAAAGCACUCCGAGUUACACACAUCCACCAUCUCUGAAUACAACCACCACCCUGCCUCGCUUCCACCAAGCCUUCCAGUAGCCCAAACACUUAUGGUUUUUGUCGCACUUUUAUGUUUAUCAUCAACUUAGCUCUUAAUCAAAUUCGAACAAGCACAGAGUCCAACAAAUCUUGCCAAAAUUGCCGCAUUUUGAAGGAAAGUCUUGAGGACAGUAUCAUUACAGAUGCAUUACUCGUUUUAUGUUUUAUCUAGAGGUGUUUACUGUAACUGAACAUUAAAGCCCUGGGUAUACUUCGUUUUUUUAUGCGUAUGCUAGUGUAUGCACACAGUCUGCGCAAAGCAUACUUCAUUCGACUCGUAUGCAUACACAGGCGUUCGACGCAUGCACAGUUUUGUGCGAUCUCUCACCAUGUGUUACAUCUUUGUAUUUUUCAUGCUAGAGUUGUACAAAUGAGGGUACUUUCAAACCUCUUCCCACAAUUUCUCGUCUAUGUAGGCCUCCAUCGUCGCUGUAGCUUGCAUUCGUUCCGGUCUGUUCUGUUCAGUUUUUCUUCGACUACCUUGUGAAUCGACGCCCCCGGGGCACGGUUGCCACCUUGUGGAUAAACUAAUUACUGCAAAAAAAAAGUAAAUGCGCAUGUGCAACCUGCACGUACAAAGUGCGGUUACAAAAAUCCAGCGGUGCGUGUACAGUAUGUGCGUACUCUUCUGAUGACGAAAUUCGCAUCACGCGCACCCUCGCGUACUCGUAAAAAGUAAAGUAUACUUUGGGCUUAAGAAGCAGAGCUCAGUUUGCAGUGACGUUUAGCUCUGAAAAUGCCGACAGAGAUAGAGAGUGCGUAGUUUUAAUGUCCUCUCAUUAACACUAGCGGUGUCGAAGUUCCAUCAAAGCUAAAAGAUAAUUCAUCUAACGCUGUUUCCAUCUCUUUGUGUGUUGUAUGGCUCAUGAACUGUUGGGUACUGAACUACCAGCGUUUUCAACUAUUUACAGCCAAAGGCAACCAAAACCUUCAUAGCUAUAGAGAGGAAGGCUCAUCUCGUUAUGUUUUUUUUGUUUUUUGAUGGCUGUUUGCCUUCAUGCUGCUGCUCGUUGUAAGGGCCUCAAAGGACACCAGCGCAGGAAUGCUUCACAAUUCACACCAACAAAGGGAAAGAAGGACGAAGAAUCACACACACACUCACAUACACUUACUCUGUUCUCUCUCUUACUUUAUUCAACCUCAUCCACCAGAAUGCUGGCUGUUGCACUGAUCAAAGCUGUCGAUGAACGAAAAAUUCAUAUCGGUUUUUGCUGUCUCAGUUUAAGCUCACAGCUUACAAAACUCCAAAAUACAAUCUGUGACGGACUGUGUCAUCAUAUUGACUUCUCUCCGAACAUAAGCUGAAGAAUCAAAUGUAGGUUUUUCACAUUGACAGCGAUUCGCAAAGCAACCAGUUCGUUUUCAAUGGGAGUUGGCAAUUUGAGGCGACACAAGUGACUCAACUUUAUGCAAAUGGCCAGUGACGCGAUGUGUCGGCUGCUAAUGGGAGUCCGCGCAAAUAUGAUGUGAUCGGUCACAUGAUCUGUCGCAGAAUGCAGCAGUUGAGUUGGAAUGCCUGCUAGUAACCCACAGUACAGCAAGCGGUCGAUCUCCUGCAAUGUAAUCGCUUUCAGUGUGAACACGUCUUCCUCUAGAGUAGUGGUUCUCAAGCGGGGGCCAGGGCCACUAGGGGGCGUCAGGA